CCGUUUCAUCAUCGGGCAGGGUCGUUUGUUGUCUGAGUCUCAUCGUCGCUUUAUUGAAUCGUUCAGGCCACCCCUCGAGUGCUUGUCAUAUUGUAUGCACCUACUUGCUGCUCGGGACUGUUAUACCUUCCCAUUUUUCACCUACUCAAAAUGGGCUCAAUCUUUGAAGAGUUCAAGGAUGGCCAGAAACUUGGCUCUGGUCACCACCUAGCCGCAGCUCUUACCCCCGUCUCAACCUCUGCGAACCCCGGCCGUCUACAGUCAUUCUACUACUUCUCCAACGCCGCGCGUUUGUCGCCCGACCUUCGCUAUUCCCUCUUUCAGGCCAAUGGUAUACGACUACCAAAACAGGAACAGAACUCAUGGGUAGACAUAUUCGCGGCCUACUGGAGCGCUGCCGGGGAGCUGGUUCGGUUCGAGGAGACACCUUCGCGCGCCAGCUGGGUCAAGGUGUUCAAUGCGUGGAAGGAGACGGCCAACCAGCUUAUUCGGGGAUACUCGACGGGUGGUCUUCAGGCAUGGACGAUCCCCUGUCUAUAUGUGGUGGGGAGGUAUUUGCGACACUUUGCGAGGAAAGCCGAUGCCGAGCUCUCUUCCCAGGAAUCCGAUGGGUUCGGCGAUAGCUUCCAAGACGACGUGGCCAGUGGUCUAGAGAAGAAUGCAAAGCUGGAGGAGGCUACGCGAGUGCUCAACCGGAUGUUCACGUUGUGCCUUACUGACCGGUCUUCGAUCGAGGAAUCUCGCAAGUGGGGGGUAUACGACACGACCAACCUCCUAUUCAAGACGUAUUUCAAACUCAACACCAUUGGCCUGUCCAAAAACUUAUUGCGUGCUCUCAAUGCGCAAUCCGCCGACCUGCCCGAACUAGACGCCUUCCCCAAGGCCCACACUGUCACUUUCAAAUACUACGUUGGAGUCAUUCACUUCCUCGAUGAGAACUACGCCGAGGCCGAGCAGCAUUUGGCGGAGGCCUGGAGGAUGUGCCAUCGCAGCGCAAUGAAGAAUCGGGAACUCAUCCUCACCUACCUCAUCCCUUGUCACUUGGUCACGACACACACGCUACCCAGCAAAAAGCUCUUGGCGCCCUUCCCCCGCCUUGAGAAGCUCUACCGUCCACUAUGCAACUGUAUCAAGAAAGGCGAUCUGGGAGGCUUCGAUGCGGCGAUGUCGGCUGGAGAGGAAGAGUUUGUCAAACGCCGUAUCUACCUACCUCUGGAGAGGGGACGUGACAUCGCCUUGCGGAACCUCUUCCGGAAGGUGUUCAUCGCCGGAGGUUUUGAGGAGUCCAAGGACGGCCAGCCUCCGAUCCGCCGGACCCGAGUACCUGUCGCCGAGUUCGCAGCUGCGGUCCGCAUUGGCACACAUGCAGACGAGCGGUCCCGGGUGGAUAUCGACGAGGUGGAGUGUCUGCUCUCGAACUUGAUAUACAAGGGUCUUAUGAAGGGAUAUAUCGCGCGCGAACGUGGUAUGGUCGUGCUGAGCAAGGGCGGGUCCGCAUUUCCCGGAACCGGCGUCUAAAUUGUGCUUCCCUGUAUUCGUCCUUUCUUGAUAUGAGACUUUUGACCAUAGAUUGAGCGAUGCCUCGAUCCAGACGCCAUCAGCAGCCGUGUACAGGCGCAUCGGACCUGCCUGAAUCAAUGGCCCGUCCGUCAGUUGGUCACGCGAAAGUCACAGCUUAAUUUCCCGGCUGAUCUU